AUGGUGAAAGUAACUUUACGGGGUCGCCAGCUUGUAGGAGGGCUUUAUGGAGCAGAAAAACGACAAAGCGAGAAAAAUUAUUUUCCACUCCAGAAAUUAAUGAUCAUGAGCUCCUAUUUGAUGGACUCUAACUACAUCGAUCCGAAAUUUCCUCCAUGCGAGGAAUAUUCGCAAAAUAAUUACAUCCCAGACCACAGUCCGGAAUAUUACAGCCGGACAAGGGAGUCCAGCUUUCAGCAUCAUCACCAAGAAUUGUACCCACCACCAAGACCAAACUACCCAGAGCGCCAAUACAGCUGUGCCAAUAUUCAAGCUCCCGGCAACCCAGCCGCGCACCAAAGGGGACAUGGGCAAACUCAAGGAGGCCACCACCUCUCAGAGAAACCGCAGCAGUUGUGUGAGCAGACUGCUCUUUCCAGUUCCUCCACCUCUCCUUCCCCAGCCCCUCCAGCCUGCAACCAGCCAAACCCUGAGCAUCUUAACAGCACAGCUUCUAAGCAACCUAUAGUCUAUCCAUGGAUGAAAAAAAUCCACGUCAGUACUGUGAAUCCCAAUUACAAUGGAGGCGAGCCCAAACGUUCCAGGACUGCGUAUACAAGGCAGCAGGUCUUGGAGUUGGAAAAGGAGUUUCACUAUAACAGGUACCUGACAAGGCGACGGCGCAUCGAAAUAGCUCACUCCUUGUGUCUCUCGGAAAGGCAGAUCAAAAUCUGGUUUCAGAACAGGCGGAUGAAAUGGAAAAAAGACCACAGGCUGCCCAAUACCAAAGUCAGAUCCUCGACUCCAUCUAAUUCAUCGGCGGGCACCAUUGCUGCUGGUAACGCGGCCCCCAGCGAGGAACUAUCACCGAGUACAACUCAGGAUCAGCGAGCAGAGGAUAUCACAAGGUUAUAA